GGGAGGGCUCCGCGGGAAGAGCCAGAGGCGCACGGAGCACAUGGAGACGCGCGGGAGCAGCGGCACGGAUCCACUCACCCACCGACACCUCUCAGCUCUUUAAACACACAACACAGGCUAGAUUUGGAUUAUACUUCAACCCAAUACGCGCACUGAACUCUUUUUUUUUCGUUUGAAGCGGUUUACCAGUUUUUUAGGAACAUAUGAUGAAGAUUAAACCCAACCAGACCAGGACGUAUGACUGCGAGGGCUACAAGAGACGAGCGGCGUGUCUGUGCUUUAAAAAUGAGAAGGAGGACGAGGUGUUACUGGUGAGCAGCAGCCGGCACCCGGACCAGUGGAUCGUGCCUGGAGGAGGAAUGGAACCUGAGGAGGAGCCGUGUGGGGCAGCUGUGCGGGAGGUGUUUGAGGAGGCUGGUGUUAAAGGAAAACUUGGUCGACUUCUGGGGAUUUUUGAGCAUAAUCAAAAUAGAAAGCAUCGGACAUACGUUUAUAUCCUCAUUGUGACAGAGACACUGGAAGAUUGGGAAGAUUCUGUCAACAUUGGAAGAAAACGCAAAUGGUUCAAAGUUGAUGAAGCCAUUAGAGAGCUCCAGAAGCACAGGCCUGACCACGCAGAAUACCUCCGGACUUUCAUAAGCCACUGCAAUCCUACACACAGUCCUGUCUGUGGCCCGGCAAAUGGAAACGCCACAACUGACAACAGCCCGGCACAUUAUGUGCUUUGUUCCACAGGGUCAGAGCUAGUCAACAGAUAAUAACAUGAAGAACCAAGAGAUAUGAGAACCAAGAGAACCAAUAUGAUGGAAUCCUCUGAAAUGGACAGUUAAUCUAACCUUGGUGGCCUUUGAAUUUGAGAUGGAUUUGGGCAUAAAGUGCAUUGUAUGUUCUUUUGUCAUAUUUAAAGUUGCACUAUGUAACUUUUCUGGUGAAGGGUCCAUCACCUGCUUUGCUUGAAUGUUCUUCAGUACGUCAUUGGCAUUAAACGUCUAUCUCCAUGGACACGGCUCACAGUAAGAAUGCAAGAUAUUUUUGAGCAAUAAAACACUUGUAAUUGAAUAAAUGCCAUUUAAUGCCAUACUGCAGAAGAAUCUGUAAUAAUAAUUGCACUAUUGUGGGACAAAUUAUUCCAAGCAGGUGGUGGACCCUCCACCAGAAAAGUUACAUAGUGGACCUUUAAACCAUAGUUUUACAAGUGCCACAAGUGAGUGGUCUGAUUGUAGUCUUUUACAGGUGAUUACCGUUUGAGGUCAGCGCGAAAGAGGGGUCUUUAAAAAAAAUCUAUAUAGAAAAUGGUGUGCUUUGUUAAUUACCUAUUACAGUUUUAUGUCUAAUGUAGUUGUUUUACGAGAUAUUGUGAAGAGUAUUUUGUAUUUUCAUGUACAGCUUAAGCAACCACUGAUGACAGUACAAACUAGUUGGUUGUUUAGAAACUGAUACUUGGAUUAAGACAUCUACAACUAUCCACCACUGUAAUAAUAUUUGUUAGUUUAACUGUAUCAGUUACAAUGGUAUAGAUUUUACAUUGAUCUUACAAUGUGUCUUCUUAUAAGUUAUAAGUGCCUUAAAUACAACAGUGUCAAUGAUUUGAAUGAAGAUGUAAGUUGCUGUUAAAUCUAUCUGUGUUUCUCUUUAAAACCAUAUUAAAAUUAUUGGAUUUGCUC